UUUUAAUUCUAUACUAUAUUAUUAUCGGUUUUAUUGCAUGUUUGAAAAUUAUAAAAUCUCUCUUGAUCUUAAAUAUUUAAUUAAAUAUAAAUCAUAUUUAAUGGCACCAGUAUCUCUAAGUCCUAUGUCAGAUUAUUUUCUUUUUGCUUAAGAAAAUAAAACAUGCACUGUUUUUUUUUUUUAAGUUUGCUUUAUCAUUUUAGUUUUUUAUUAUUUUCAGCAAGACUUUUCAACAGCAGUUGUUAUUUGGAUAAAAUGGGAGGAAAUGUGCCCAGUUCACAAGCUAAAUCAGAAAAUGUGCCUGAAUCCAUACCUCCAAAGGUAGAAAAUGAACUUUCACAUGGCCCACCAGAAUUUGAUAAGGAAUGGAGGAAAAUGCAUUGGGAUAAAAAGCCUGAAAUUGAACAGAAACUAAGGGACUUUAAGAUCAGCAAUCCAAACGUCCCAUAUGUCAGGAUUCUGAUUGUUGGUGAAGUUGGAGUAGGAAAGUCCAGUUUUAUAAACUCAGUCAAUAAUGCUUUCCAAGGACGAAUCACAUGUGAGGCUCUGACUGCUACAGGAUCUGGAAAGAGUUUCACAACAACUUACAAAACCCAUUACAUUGAAGGAGAGGAUGGAUCCACCUUCCCAUUUGUCUUCAAUGAUAUCAUGGGCCUUGAAAGUGAAGAAGGAGGAGUUCAAUCCCAGGACAUUGCCACAGCUGUGCAGGGGUUUAUUCAGGAAGGAUACAAAUUUAAUCCUGUGGCAGCACUAUCUCCGAAAGAUCAUGGGUACAGAAGCGACCCAGCACUUGAAGAACAAACCUUCUGCCUGGUCAACAUUUUAGCAGCAGACAAAGUAGCACUGAUGAAUAAAACCGUCAUUGAAAAGAUGAAAUACAUUCGUGAUGAGGCUAAAAAACUGGAUAUGCCACAAUUAAUCGUCAUGACAAGACCAGAUUUAGCAUGCCCACUGGUUAAAGAAGACUUAAGAAAGAUCUACACAAGCAAGAAGAUCAAAGAAAAGAUGCAAAUGUGCAGUAAUCUGCUGGGGAUUCCCAUGAAUUUCAUCUUCCCUGUGAAGAACUACCAUGAGGAGAUAGACACCGAUGAUGACAUGGAUCUUCUCAUUCUUAAGGCCCUUGAUCAGAUUGUGUACAUCGCCAAUGACACGAUGAAGAAAAAAUGCCGUAAGGUUGGGGAAAAACUUGAGUAAAAAAUUCAGAACAUAGCCACUGUCACUAAUAUGCAACUUAAUAAAGAAUAAAUAAAACAAUUAAAUGAGGAAGUGUUCAAAUUAUAGCAUUUACAAUGUUAAUUAUAAACAAGUAGCCAAAGAUAUAAAGUUGUUAGUGCACUUGAAAUGUAACUAUGUGAAAAUUGUCUUGUGAUCAUAUGAGAGACUAAAAAGAAUGUCUUUGGUGUCAGUUAGUCUUGCGUGUUCAGACGUCAAGGCAUUAGUCAGAAUCAAAUAAUUAUUUAAAUAACAGAUCUUAUAUGUUCUAAUAUUCAUGGGUGGAUAAAUUUUUCUUUCUUUAAACUUGAUUUCCAUGUAUCUAAAGUUUCUGUAAAUUAGUAAGAUGAAUCACAUGUUCUCAAAGGUACUAAGUCCCUUGUCCCACUUUGUUUGUAUUUUGUUGUUGUUGUUGUUGUUAUUUAGCUAUUAACCUAGCACUUUCAAAAUAUUUGUCAACUAUUUUGGGGUUAACUCUUGCAGUUGUGUUUUGUUUUUAUGUUGUUUAUCUCUGUCAGCAUUAUUUACACCAGUAAACAUAUUUUUAAAUGUAUCAUACCUUAUUUUGUGAAACAUUUUAAAAAAUGUAGUUCAAAUUAUAAUCUCCUGUGACCUCUUUGCAUUAAAUAUGUGAUUUCAUUCGAA